GUGAAGUUGGGGGUGAGGCGGGUGUGUGGUGGGUGUGUAGAGGGUGUAUAUACUGACCCCCACAUGCAGGUGCCUCCAUCUUUACACGCCUCAGCUCUCCUCCUGACGACAACAACAACAAGAAGAUGACUUUCUACAGACACUCAGGUCCCAGGAGCUACGCCACGUCCACCAUGACGGAGCGCUUCGACUGCUUCUACUGCCGUGACAACCUUCACGGGAAGAAGUACGUGAAGAAGGACGACAAGCACGUGUGCACCAAGUGCUUUGACAAAGUCUGCGCCAACACCUGCUCCGAGUGCAGGAAACCCAUCGGUGCAGACUCCAAGGAGCUGCACCACAAGAACCGCCACUGGCACGAGGGCUGCUUCAACUGUGCCAAGUGCUACAAGCCGCUGGCCAGCGAGCAGUUCAGUGCCAGGGACGACGGCAAGAUCAUGUGUGGCAAGUGCAGCUCGGUAACCGACGGCAACCGCUGCCAGGGAUGCUACAAGGUGGUCAUGCCAGGCACCAAGAGCGUGGAGUACAAGAAGAAGGUGUGGCACGAGGACUGCUUCACCUGCUUCGAGUGCAAGCAGCCCAUCCGCACGCAGAGCUUCCUCACCAAGGGGGACGACAUCUACUGCACCCCCUGCCAUGAGAAGAAGUUUGCCAAGAAGUGCUUCCACUGCAAGGAGAUCAUCACUUCUGGAGGCAUCAGCUACCAGGAGCAGCCCUGGCACGCCGAGUGUUUCGUGUGCACCACCUGUCGUAAGCCACUGUCCGGCACUCGCUUCACCCCCCACGAGGACGCCUUCUACUGCAUGGACUGCUUCAAGACUGACGUGGCUAAGAAGUGCCAUUACUGCAAGAACCCUAUUACAGGGUUCGGCCGUGGCACCAAAGUGGUGAACUACGAGGGCUACUCCUGGCACGAGUUCUGCUUCACCUGCAAGAAGUGCUGCCUGACCUUGGCCAACAAGCGCUUCGUCAUCACCGGGGAGCACGUCUACUGCCCCGACUGCGCCAAGAAGCUGUGAGCUGAUCAUUAGAUCCCCUCCUGCCCCGAAAGGUCACUUUCCUCUCUCUGCAAGAGGGAAACAUGAUUGACGUCAUCGCAGCUUAGGACAUGAUCCAACCUUGCUUCAACUCUAUAACUGACAUAUAGACGCAACAUACUAACUUUCUACUUGUAACUUUCAAGGCCUUCUUGUGACAAGGCUUGAGUGUAUUCCUUUGGAGUGAUGAUUCAAACAAGCAUGAAGAAUAAAAGAUGGUGGCAACCUCA